UACUGACAUGCGCAGUGGGCCUAUCCGGGUUUCGAUGACGUCAGCCACGUGACUGCAUUAAUCAGUCUUUCAGUUGAGGUUGACACGAAAGCCAAGAUCGGGGAAAUCUAGCGGCUCGUCUUCACCUACGUCUACAAUUCAUUGCCGAAUAAGAACUGAACAUGGCAAAACUUGGAUUUGCUGAGAAUUUCGCUCUUAGUGGAGCAGCUGCUAUCAUAUCCAAGACAGCCGCAGCUCCAAUUGAACGAGUAAAGCUGCUGGUUCAAAAUCAAGAUGAAAUGUUGAAGAGUGGUAGGCUGAAGGAGCCUUACAAGGGUGUGAUUGACUGCACAAUGAAGACCUUCAAGUCCGAGGGUGUCUUACCAUUCUGGCGUGGCAACUUGGCUAACUGCAUCAGAUAUUUCCCAACCCAGGCUCUCAACUUUGCUUUCAAAGAUCAGAUCAAAAUCAUGUUUAAAUCUAGUAAGGCAGAUAGUUACACUUUGAAGUUUACCAAGAAUGUGGCAUCAGGCGGUGUUGCUGGAGCUUUGUCCCUGUGCUUUGUCUAUUCCCUCGAUUAUUGCCGAACCCGUUUAGCUAAUGAUGCCAAGAGCAGCAAAAAGGGUGGUGAGCGCCAGUUCAACGGUAUGGUCGACGUCUACCGCAAAACAAUAGCAUCUGAUGGUGUUGCCGGACUUUACAGAGGUUUUGUGAUCUCUUGUGUUGGAAUCGUUGUCUACAGAGGGUGCUAUUUCGGUUUCUAUGACACCUUGAAACCAAUCGUCAUUGGUGACGAUGCCAGUCUCUUAAUGUCCUUCGCACUUGGAUAUAUUGUAACCAUCAGUGCUGGUCUUGUCUCUUAUCCUAUUGAUACAAUCAGGAGAAGAAUGAUGAUGACAUCCGGUGAAGCAGUCAAAUAUAGUGGAUCCAUUGACUGUACGAUGAAGAUCGUCAAAUCAGAAGGAUUUAUGUCAUUGAUGAAGGGUGCUGGUGCUAACAUCCUCAGAGGUGUUGCUGGAGCUGGUGUCUUGUCAGGGUUUGAUAAAUUCAAAGAACUGUAUGUGGCUUUCCGUUUGGGCAGAUCAUCCUAAUAUAAUCUGUUGGUUAGGAGGCAAAGUGAAAUAAGAAUUUGGUAGAUAAAAUUUUUCAAAGUUUUAGACAGUAAUGCUGUGACUUUCAAAAGAACCUGGUUUGACUGUAUGGAAAUUGACCAGCCUGGGGCUCAGUUGUUAAGACCAAGUUAUUGAGCACAAACUUCACCUAUUACCUGUAUUUUAAAGUACCUUUUGAAGAUGGACCCGACUUGUCGCAGUUAAUUAAUAAACAAAAUUAACUCGUUA